GUUAUUGCCCCCACCGUACAUCUUUGGUUUUGUUUAGUGUUCAGAACCGCGUAUGGCGUGAUAAAUUGAAAGAUGAGUGAAAAAUACGAUGGUCAGCUUGGAGAAAUACUUUCAGAUUUAGGACAUGCUGUUUCGUUUCUUGACUGCGUAUUCGGAUUCCUCCAGAGACGAACUGAUUUCUACCGACCAGAAGAUGGGCCGCCUGCGUCACACGAAGACAUUGAAAAAGUUGUUCUCGGCAUUUUCAGGAAGUGGCAAGAGCGCACUGAGACAGAACUGGUAUCAUACAGUGGAGAUGAUUUGCCAGUAGCACAAGAAUAUGAGGUUGGUGAUGACAGCCUAGCACCUGGUAAUCGCCGAAUACUGAAAGCUGUUUCCCGAAAGAAGAAGACUGGAGCUAGUGAAAGAAGUGAAAUGGCUGUUGAUACUCCAAGCAGUUCCGUUGACAUUGACAGUGAAAUGACUGAUGUCAGUAUGACUGCAAACGUUGGGAGCAGCUCUGACGAAGUAUGCAGCAGUCAGGAUGAAAUGGGAAGUUUAGUUGACAAUGUUGGUAGCAGUACCGAUGAAACAGGUUGCUCUGGCAGUGGCAGCUCUGAUGACAAAUGUUUAGGAGCCCCAGGAGUGGAGGCAAUUGCUGUUUCCAGCUCUGACUGUUACAAUGGUGCUGUUAGGGACAACUACCGGUGGUCACAGACCAUCACAGACCUUGAUGUACAGGUAAUUGUGGGUCCAAAUGUACAAAAGGGCAGCACAGAUGUUAGAGUGUCAGUGACAUCAAACACAGUGAGAGUGGAGACACGUGAUAAAGAAGAUGAAUGGAAGACUGUAGUUGAUGGUGAACUAUGCUGGUUAGUCAACAGAGAAGAAUGCAUUUGGUCACUUGUCCCAGGCCAGUAUGUUCAGAUUCACUUGGAGAAAACAAAAGAGCGUUGGUGGGAGGCACUUCUUAAGUCAGAGCCAAAAAUUGAUUUAACACAGAUUGAUGCGAGUCGACCAAUGGAUGAGCUGUCUGAAGAAGAACACAUGAAGAUUGAAGAACUUAUGUGGAAUGAGCAGCGCAAAAUGAAGGGUCUGCCAACUUCUCAAGAACUGGGGCUGUCAAACAUUUUAAAGGACGCAUGGGACAAAGAAGGGUCACCUUUCAAGGGACGUCCCUAUGACCCUUCAUUGUUGAGUUUCGCAAGUGGUUCAUGCACUAUCCAACCAGAUGGGAACUAAAUAAACUAUGUACACUUUUAAAGUUUCGUGAUGUAUUCAUCUUCAGAAGUUUAUUAUGAGUGUAGAGAUCCCACAACUCAGUUACAUCGUAUUGCACAGUUGCAUCGUAUUGCACAUGUUUUGUAAUAGAUAUACAGAAAAAUGUUGUGAUUUCUUUUUAGAAUUAUGAACUUCAUUUGUUUCUUCUUGUUUUGCCUGUCAUACUUUGAUUUGUCUCUUGUUCGAUCUGGAAUUUGUAUCAAAGUUGUGUGGAAAUGUGUAUUUUUCAUGAACUGUUGUUAUUUCAGUUAAAAAAUAUAUAUAGUCAUUUUAAUUGUAAAAUAAUUGCCAUCUGGUGUCAUGUGGGAAAUUUGAAGAGAAUUUGUUACUUUUGAAAUGCAUAAUGCAUUACAGGGGGGUGGGGGGGAUACAUUUUGCAGGGAGACAUCUUCUGUAGCAGUUGCUGUACACACUUAAAACCACUGGCAACACUGGAGAAAUAUAUUAAGUACUAGGUAUUGGUGAUCAAUUAAGUUUUUCACAGUGCUUGUGUGAUUACACGGAUUGAAAUAUGAGAUGAGCAGGUAUUUGUUCUAAGAAAUUACAUCCCUCAACACCUACGCCAACCACUUCUUCCAAGCUCUGUCUCCCGUGGCUACUUUACUGAUCUUGUACACAAACAAAUCUGGGUUGUUUCUAGACAGUUUCCACUUCCAAAAAGAUCAGAAACACUACCAUUAUCACUCAGGCCUUGAUUGCUGUACAGUCGCCUCCGAUGUAAAACCAGUCCCAUGCUCCCACAGUCACCUACUUCAGCCCAACCAUUGGUAAAUCUUAUAAGUCAGAGCAACUGCAAAACCUUGCAUGUUGUUUAUCAACUAACUUGUGCCCGCCGCACAGUAUUAUAACUGAGCAUGUGAAUGAGCAUAGAACAACAGUCUGCUAUGGGAACACCCAGUAUCCAGUUGCUGAACACGUUCUGCACUGUGACUAUUGACUGCUUGCUACAGAACAUGGGCUACUUGGAAUCACCCACCCGAUUCUAGGUUUCCUGAACUCCAGAGGUGUGAUAAUGCUCCACUGUACAACCUCUCUCCUCCCCAAGGAAGGAACAAUUAGUUCCAAAAGCUAGGAAGUUGAUAAUGUUUACUUUUAUGUGUGUCCUCCAUCAGUAUGACACGUUUCACUUCUGAAAGGUAAGCACUGAGCAGAACAUGUCUAAUAUUUUGUUAGUUCUAUUGAUUAAAUUUUCUUUUUGUAUGUGUA